AUGCCUAUUCAUCAUAUGGAUUUAUCAUCCUUCUUUAAAUUAUUAAAUUCAACACGUGACUUAUACAAAAGUAGUGAAAUAAAUCUUCUUGAACAACCUCUAAUUCAUUUUAUUAAUGGUAAUUCAAUGUUUAAUAAUUCUUUUCAAUUACUCGAUGGAAUUUAUCGAUUAGAACAAAGUGUAUUUCAAGUUCUUUAUGAAGCUGCAAAAGUAGAAGCGGAAAAUCGUUUCAAUGAAUUUCAAGAUUCUAUUAAGUUUGAAUCAAUUUUCGAUAUGGUUAAAUCGGCAAUUAAUCAGUGGGACAAUGCAUGCCAGAGCUUCAUGAAAUUACGUAAAGCAAAGCGGAAAAAAAUAUCAUUCGCAGACAAAGCUCGGAAACACUAUUAUAAAUGCGUACAAACAAUUUCAUCAUAUUUACUAUUUGGUUCUCCUUCAUCGUCUAUAGAUGUUGAAACAUUGUUUCAAAUUGUAGAGGGUGAGAUGCUUUUGUAUAUGGCAUGCAAUCAAAAGGGUAAUGAAUGGGCUUUCACAGUGUCUCCUGACACCGAAGUAAAGAAGUUCAUUGAAUUGCAUUCUUCUCAUCGUGAAUCUCUCAGUCUAAAACCAUUGAAUGUGGCAUUUUCCCCAACCUCUGGAAAUACUUUUAUGCUAAAAUUUAAAAAUCUAAAGAAUACUAAAUUGACUAACGUCAAUUUACAAUUCUUGGUUUCAUCUACUCAAAAAUCUCAACAUGAUGUACUUCAUGAUCAACGGGAAGGUGUGGUCCAGGAACCUAUGUUCGACGUUGUCGCUCAAAUAUGCCUUAACUUAUCAGAAGCCGAGACUAUGAUGAAAAUUGUUGUUGAACCAAGCAUAACACAUAUCAGCAUUAACAUUAACAAGAAAAAAAUGUUGACAAUAGACUGGUUGGAACGGAUCAAGUGUCAGCAAAAAUAUGAAAUUAAUGAUUCUUUUACUGUGCAAUGCUUUAAAAUUCAAAAAGAUUACUAUGCAGUGAAAUCAUUUGCAGAUCCGGAACUAAUGAAUUUUGCUCCAACGGAUAGUGAUAUUAGCCAAAGCUUAUUAGAUUUAAAUGAACAAAUUAACAAUCGAUUAAAUGAAAGAAGUGAUGAUGAAGCAUGGAAAACAUUGAUUGCCAACAGCACAGCGCAGAAAUUUAAAAACAACAUGAAUCAAAUUGUACAAUUGAGUCAAUGUUUACGUUUAACUUCGAAUGAUUUAUCAAAUUCAACAAAUGUUUAUAAUCUAUUCAACAAAUUGCCUAAACCAGAAAUACAAAAUAAUUUGUUAGAUCUGAUACCAUUCAAAGAUUUUUCAGCGGUGGCACAAAAUAUUCAUAUUGUAGAUGACACCGAAUCAGCUUUAGAGUACGAAUUUAGUCGUGUAUGGACUCGAUCAAUGGAUCGUUCCUUUCAGUCGAUUAUUAAGUGUCGUGAUCAAGUCUAUUCAGA